GGUACGAGGAUCUCAUUAAUCUGAGAAUGGUGAAAUUAACAAUCUUGGGAAAGGGCUCUACGACCAUCUUGAUGAUGGUGAUGAUGAUGAUGGAAGUUUUGGUUGGUGCAUCGGACAAUAACGCGGUUUACAGUCCAUGUUCAGACACUCAAAUAAGCAAAGGAGAUGGAUUCACCAUUGGUGUUGCAAUCUCCAGCAAAGAAGCUUUCUUCCUUGACCAAAUCCAGCUUUCUCCUUGCGAUUCUCGUCUAGGUUUAGCUGCGAAAAUGGCGCAGCUGGCGCUUUUUAGACCAAAGGUGGACGAGAUCUCUCUUCUCUCCAUCGACACAAGUAAGUUUAACCCGAGUGAAGCAGGAGGAUACAUGGUUGGAUUCGCAGGCUCGAAAUACGCAGCAAGAUCUUAUCCUGUUAAGGUCGCAGAUGCAAGCAACACAAUCACAGCUUUCACGCUUGUAAUGGAAUUUCAGAAGGGAGUGUUGCAGAAUCUGUUCUGGAAGAACUUUGGAUGCGAUUCAUGCAAAGGAGCAUCUUCUUCUGUGUGUCUGAAUGGGACGGAUUGUGCGGUUCCUACAUCAAAAUGCAAGGCUAAUGGAGGUGAAGCAAAUUGCAACAUUGGGAUUCAGGUGGCGUUUUCAGGGACAGAAAAGAACCUCGAGUCACUGAACUCGUGGUACGAGGUAAACAAUCUGAGGCAGUACUCGCUUACCGAUCUAUACGCAAAUGCUGUAGAUUCUCUGAGUGGAGGACUUUUGUAA